UUCACAUUAUUUCCCCCAAAAGUAGAUACUAGGACAAAUAAGUAGUUUUAAGACUCUUCAUACCAGGUGUGCAAUUUGAAAAGCUCAUUUCAGGCUCACAACAGACUCAUCACAUGGGAACACAAGUAGUCAGAAGACCACCAGGCCUUGGAGAGAAGGCUCAGUGUAGUUUCAGGGGUAGUAGUGACAUGUUUGUGAGCUCACUGUUGUCUAACUUGUUUCGGGUCUAUAAAUUGACACAGAGCUAAUUUAAGAAGGAUAAUGCUUUCCAGAAGAUAAUGCAUGGAAGUGUAGGUAGACUGAAGUGGUGUUCUUUCAGAUCAGCAGUAUUACCAGUGGUAAUCUGGAUGGGAAGCAUGCAGGAGAUCAUAGAUAUACUGGUUAGAAGGUGUAUUGGGCAUCUUUGAUAUGAACUACGGUUCUUCACGAGUCCUGAAUGAAAAAUGAAUACUGAGGGAAUUGGCUAAAAUGAAAAAGGCGGUUAUGGGUCAACUGUCAGAUUUGUGUUUUGCAUGCCUAAUAACUUGGGGACAGUGAGGUUUGUUCACUGAACCAUUGUUGGAUGAAAAGGGCAAUCUCUAGUUUUUGUCUCUUUUCCCCACCAAAUUAAAUUGGCUGGAAACCUGCAAUUCAGCUUUCUGGAAAACCUAUUCCACACGAAAAAAGAAAAGACAGAUUGAGCUCAAAAGUCAAAGCAUGACACUGCUCAUGAAGGCACUUGAAGCCGUUUAAGAAACUGUUAAAAAAUGCACAGCCAACCUUUUAUUUUUACAUAUUUGAUUCUGCUGCACAAUUUCUGCAUGAAUUGGUAAAUACAUUGUAUUUUCUGGUAUGUAGUUUAUUACUUUGCAUUCAAUGUCAAACUGGCCAAUGUAUUUACACUCAGUGGUUGUAGCAUGUUCAAAGUACUGAGAGAAAAUCCCGUAUGACUCCAGCGUUUUGCUUUCUGUAAGUACAGAAUUGCAUCUUGCCUCCAGCUGAUAGCAGUGACAUUUGAAAAAGAGCGUGAGGCAGCUCUUCUGAUAUUUUUGGAUGCCAAUUUGUAAAGCAUUUUGGAAUAUCUGUUUAACCCAUUCUGUCAGGUUUCAGAUGCAAAAAUUGAGUGCUCUAAUGGUAACCUCAAUGCAUUGUGCUUCUGCAGCUGUUUUGAGAUAAGAAAGAAUGCUUUCAAAUCCCAAACAUAUGUUGCAUUUCAGAUGAAAUUUUGUUGCUGUUUUUAUUUAUUUUUUUAUUUAAACCCCAGGCUGCUUUCUGCCAAAAUUGAGGUAGAACUCUGGUCUGGUUUCUGUAUUUAGAGAAGCCUAAUCAAAGCUUUCUCCUGCAAGAAAACAAUGAUCAGCUUCUGAGCAUGUGAUCUCAUGGUGCUGAUGUGAAACUCUUUCAGAUAAUGUGUCCUUCCUUCCUUCCUUUCUUCCUUCCUCAUUCCUUUGCUGUACUUCUCCCAUAGUGAGUUGCUAUCUGAGUACUCAGCUGCAGCGUCCUAUAACCAGCUCUUGCCUGAGCUCAGAUGACAGGAAGGUUGAGCUCUCUUGGAGAAAAGCUGCGUGUUUCCUCUCUGCUAGAGACUGAGCUAUACAUACACGGUGCUGCUCCUGUUCAGAUUGGUUGCUUAUUCUACUUUUAAAAAGACAUUUUUGUUUUCUCUGAGAACUAUGGAGAAGACUGUGCCAGUUGAAACCAUUUCACUUGCCUGUUCCUGCUUGAAGACAGAUUUUCACAUCUAGUCUCCACUGCCAUCAGCGGAUGUUGGCAGUAAUAAGCCAUUUCUUACUAUUUGGGAAUGCAUAACUGAUUUGGAAGUGUUCUGUUUUCUUGCAUAUGCUAAAUACUGCGAACUUAAGCAUUCUACAGGAAAAUCAGAUAAGCAUGAGAUCACCGUGGCACAGCUGCAUGUGUAGUCACUCUUGAAGCAAUUGCACACCUAAUUGGCUGACAAUCUUGGCAUUUUAAAAACACACGCCUUUCAAAGACAGGGGACAUAAUUAUAUAUGAAUAGUGAAAUAAACCUGUUGGGUGUCACCAAUGGAGCCCUCUAGCACUGAACAGUUGUGUGAUGACCCUGAUCCUGGAGGCAAAUCCCAAGAUCAAGAGACCAAAAAGCAACAUGAAUCAGAGCAAAAAUUAUCAAAAAUAACCCAUAAUGCUUUGGAGAACAUUAAUGUGAUUGGUCAAGGUUUGAAGCACCUUUUCCAGCAUCAGCGCAGGAGGUCCUCGGUUUCUCCACAUGAUAUUCAGCAAGCUCAGGCUGAUCUGGAGCCUGACAUGGAUCUGGAAAGCCAAAGCGUCUGUGCUGAAAUUGAUGGUGUCUCCACCCACCCCACAGCUCUGAACCGCGUGCUCCAGCAGAUCAGAGUGCCACCUAAAAUGAAGAGAGGGACGAGCCUGCACAGCAGGUGGGGCAAGGCAGAUGCCCCGAAAGGAAGCCCACAGAUCAACAGGAGGUCUGCCCAAGAUAUUCAAUCAGGUCGGCCCAGAUCGUCAUCUACUACAGAUGCUCCCACGAACUUGUCUGUGAUGGAGAUUGCUUCUUCUAUCUAUGUAGGUGGAGAGGAGGCUGCAGCAGCAAUUGAGCGGUUGGACGUGAGCAGCUUAGCACAGACCUCCAGUGCCGUGGCCUCGAGCACUGAUGGAAGCAUCAACGCAGACUCUGUUGAUGGGACCCCAGAUCCUCAGCGUACAAAAGUGGCUAUUACACACCUGCAGCAGAAGAUACUGAAGUUGACCGAGCAGAUCAAAAUUGAACAAACAGCCCGUGAUGACAAUGUGGCAGAGUACCUGAAACUGGCCAAUAACGCAGACAAGCAGCAAAGCGCCCGCAUUAAGCAGGUGUUUGAGAAGAAAAAUCAAAAGUCAGCCCAGACUAUCUUGCAGCUGCAGAAGAAACUAGAACAUUACCAUCGAAAGCUGCGAGAGAUUGAGCAGAAUGGGAUCCCUCGGCAGCCGAAGGAUGUCUUCAGGGAUAUGCAUCAGGGUUUGAAAGAUGUUGGAGCAAAAGUCACUGGCUUCAGCGAGGGAGUAGUAGAUAGCGUGAAAGGUGGGCUUUCCAGUUUUUCCCAAGCCACCCAUUCAGCAGCAGGAGCUGUGGUUUCCAAACCUCGGGAGAUUGCCUCCCUCAUAAGGAACAAGUUUGGGAGUGCAGACAACAUUGCUAAUCUGAAAGACUCCUUAGAAGAAGGCCAGGAAGAUGGGACAGGAGGCAAGGCUUUAGGUGUUAUUCAGAACUUUCAGUCAAGCCCAAAAUAUGGCAGUGAGGAGGAUUGCUCCAGUGCCACAUCGGGUUCCGUGGGAGCCAACAGCACAACAGGGGGCCCUGUGGGAGCUUCUAGCUUCAAAACAAACACUCUGGAUAUGCAGAGCUCAGGGUUUGAUGCAAUACUGCAUGAGAUUCAAGAAAUUCGAGAGACACAGGCAAGACUGGAAGAAUCAUUUGAGGACCUUAAGGUUCGCUAUCAGAGGGACUACUCGCUAAUAAUGCAGACACUGCAGGAGGAGCGGUACAGAUGUGAAAGACUGGAAGAGCAGCUAAAUGACCUGACUGAGCUCCAUCAGAAUGAGAUCCUCAAUUUAAAACAGGAGCUGGCCAGCAUGGAGGAGAAAAUUGCCUAUCAGUCUUAUGAGCGAGCCCGGGACAUCCAGGAGGCACUGGAAGCGUGCCAGACCCGUAUCUCCAAGAUGGAGCUGCAGCAGCAGCAGCAGCAAGUGGUGCAGCUAGAGGGGCUGGAGAACGCCACGGCCAGGAAUCUGCUGGGGAAGUUCAUCAACAUCCUCCUGGCCGUCAUGGCCGUCCUCCUCGUCUUCGUCUCCACUGUGGCCAACUGCGUCGUGCCCCUCAUGAAGACUCGCAAUAGGACGUUCAGCACUUUAUUUAUAGUGGUUUUCAUUGCCUUUUUGUGGAAGCACUGGGACGCCAUCACCGGCUACUUGGAACGGUUCUUCUCUCCCCCCAGAUGAUGGCGGCAGGAAUCGGCUGCGUCGCGUCCCCGGCGCUCUUGGUGAGCUCAUGUGGCAAAGAUUAGUCAGCAGCUACUGCGCUGAAGUUUUAAAGUGUCCGAGUGAAUUUGUUUACAUUUAGAAUAACGUUUUUUCUCUGCAAGACGCAUUGCAAUAGUAUUUUUUAGAUUUUACUCAAGAACUUUUUGGCGAGAAUCCUGGAUAAUUUUUAUGUAGCAUGGUUCUCUUUGGAUGCAAAUCUUAAGAUUCUUUAAAGUGUACAAAAGAAAUAAAUAAAAUACAGAAAUUUGGAGCAUA